GUUCAGAAUCGGAAUAUUUAUUUAUAUUUAUUUAUCCCUGGAGGAAUCCGAUGACCUAUAAAGCGCUUUUUCACAGAUGACCAUUAUGGGCGGGUCAACGUUACUGGAUAUGUAAAAAAAAAGAGUUUUUUUUAUAGCUCGUUGGAUUCCCGCGGUAUAAAUAUUCUGGUUCGGAACAAACAACACGAUCAGAGUGCGAAAUAUAGAAAAGGUCGGCAAAUCACUAAAACAACCUAUAAAUUAAACAACUUUUUUUUGUUUCACCAGGUCAAGCCACACCGAGCUAUUUAGCUUUUUCAGGAGCGUCCUCGCCACAAGUGACCGCUCAACCAAGUGGCUUUUUCGUGGACAUUUGCUGCAGCCAAAUUAACCCAAAAGCUUUAAACCACAACGGCGAAUUCGCAGUUCUAAGGAACCCACAAAAAAGUGACACCGCGGGUAGCCGGAGGAUGACGACCGAGACCGUAAUGACAGAGCCUCCCAUCCAGCAAACUUUGACGAUAACAAUUUUGACUUAAAACGUUCGUGACCGCACGAAUUCAUAUUCUUGAACCAAUAAUAUUGUGACCGAUAAUUAAUAGUUGUGGAAAGUUGAGGGGGGAUAAUCGAUUCUAGACUUGAAGCUUGAUGCAGCUGAUCUGGCUGUGACUGUCCCACCUGAUGACGGAGACUUGUGUUGCCUCCGAAACGUCGUGAUCUUUAUUUUAUUAUUUUUAUUAAUUUUGAUGUUUUACCUACGUGACUUUACCGAAAACACCUAAGAAAAAUGUAAAUAAAUAAGAAUAUGGGGGAUAGUCGAGUUGACACGAUUGUUCAUUAAUCCGGCUUAACAAGCAGAGGAGAUGAACGAUGUCGUGGCGUGCUGGUGAGCGUGGCAGAAAUAUGAUGUUGAGUUAAGCGCCAAUGUUGAGGUCUUCUGGCCACGACGAAGAGGGCUUCAGGAGAAAAUUCCCUCCUUUUAUUACUGCUAUUACUGCUAAUCCUACUAACCCUACUUCCUCCCGGUAUUACUGCUAAUCCUACAUAAUACACGAGCAUAAUAUGACUUUGAGACCCCCCCCACCUCCUACGCAUUCCACAAGUAGUGACUAAUCCCAUAUCUGCAUUUUCCAUAAAUAUGCUAAAUUCCUCUGUUGAUAUGUAAACUACUUUGUCAAGGCGCCCUUCCUCUAACCCUGCAGCUUAAAUAUACGCUGCCAAGCCUGGUGGUGUUCAUUCAGACGCUCUCUUUCCGACAGACCUGUUCUUCGCCUGAGGACGGCUGCUUGCGUUGUGGCCGAAACGUCGUGAGAAUUGUAUUUUAUAAUGUUUUAUUUUUAUUAUUUUAUUAUUUCCCUUCUACGUGACUUUACCGAAAGAACCAAGAAGAAGCUUCAGGAGAGUUCGUGUCGUUUUGCUGCUCCAAUGUAGAAUCGCAGACUACUACAGUGGUUUUGCUGUAUGGUAGUUUGGUUUGCAUGGCCGGUCACACUUGCUGUGACUUGCGUCUUUAAUUUCCCAUUCAUGUCGGAGAUGUGCUACAUCAGCCUGUUGAAGUUCUGAUGCGGUUUAUGUGGCACCAGUGUCUUUGAGGAGUUUCGGUUUCAUUUAUUUGGUAUAGCCCUGUGAGCCAUUCGGCUCUUGAAUCGGGUGCAACCGCAACAAACAAAAAACAUGAACAAGAAAACAUCUUAAAGUGACAACGCGCAAACAGAAAAAUCCAGGAAAAAACAGCAAAAACUUCCAGAAAAAGCACCGUAUACCAACGCUGUGUGAAAAAUCCCAGUGGGAUGCAAGUCAAACAACAACAACAACCACAAGACAACUUAGAUUAAAGUCAUCAGUCUAAUUGUACAUUUUAAGUUUUCGUGACUGCAAGGAUCCAUAUUCUUUGGCUCUUUCAGUAAAGUCACGUAGGUGAAAAUAAUACAAUUAAAAUAAUAAGCCAUCUCUUCGGCAUACCUCAGCAACUGUUUUCGCUGUGGUGGUCCCCACCUGAUGAAGGACGCUUGUGUUGCGCCCGGAACGUCGUGAUUUAAUUUAGUUUUCACUUUUGUAUUUAAUUAUUUUUUUCAUUAGUCUAAUUCCGUACUACAACAAACAAACAUGGGCAAACCAAAACACGUUUUUGAAAUCACCAAAAUAAAGCCAUAAAAGCAAUGUAACAGGAGGAAAUUCAAAGCCAGCAGGUGUAAUGUUUGGGUCUCGAACGAGGCGUUUAUUCCGGACGUACGUGUUGUUCCGCUCUGUUCACCACAGAGUUCUUGUGGGUUAGAUUCUAGGAUGGCGACUUCAGUGCGGUCCCAGAAGGGGGAUUGGGACUGGGACUUGAGCCGAGGAACGUUGUUGAGGUCUCGGUUGAUGGGCUCGGUGGUUGAUGCAGUUUGCAUGUCUCUACGGAUAUUUGGUGGCAGAAUUGCGGUGUGGGUACUUUCUGUGCGUUGAAGAGUAUAGCAAAGUCCCCGAGAGAUGCCCUCUUGUGGAGGUUAUUACGCCAGCAGUGUCAUAGGCAUGCAAUUGCAGGGCCGCACCUUUUUGACCUCCCGAGGUGAAUAUCAAGUAAUUCUGUCUUGAAGGAGCUUGUGAGUCCUGAAUUGCCCCAUAGAUCACCAGAGCCAGAGGUUGCAGGUGAGGAUAGAGCCAAGGAACGGCAGAGUCAGGUGAGGGUUGAGCCAGAUGAGAACAAUCAAUCUGCAUAUUGCAGCAUAAUGGGAACGGUACAGGGGUAUAGAGCAACAGGAAUGAAAAAAGAAACCCGUCACAACAUCAGCGGCUAACACAGACUAAGCAAACUAAAUUCCAACCGUGCACAAUGAAUUGCAUAAGUGUUUGUUGAACUUCUUUUGCACCGUACAUAACCAACUGCUAAUCGGAGAUGUGCAGGAAGGACAACAAACUAAACACAAACAAGAGUUCUCAAGAAAUUCGUUUUCAAUCUAGAUGUAAAAAUGCUUAGCUGCAGUGGCCUCCUAAUAUCAGAAGAGCGUUGCAGACAGCCGCGAAAGCGCAUUUGAAAGCGCACGAUGCAGUGACUGAAUUUGUUCGAUGGCUAGACCAAAGCCACUGUGAGGAUAGCCGGACUUUGAGUGAUGGUGUAUGCUCCUUAACGAGAUCAUCAAGGUAUUGUGGUUCAUUCGUGGCAAGCACUUUGUGUAAUGAGAGGGAGCGUGUAAUAUAUUCGUUUGUCAACCAGAAGCCAAUGUAGCUUGGCGAGCAGUGGAUGGACAUGGUCGGAUCUUCCAGUACCUCUCACAACAUGUUCCAGAUAAUUAUGUACACACUGCAGCUUGAUAAUGUUUUUGCCCGAUGUCCCGAAGAGUCGUGAGUUGCAAGAAUCAAGCCUUGCCGAUAUUAUGCUACACGACUCAAUAGUGGUCAAAUGUGUCGUAGAACCCUGAUGUGAAAAUUGUAGGACCCGACUAUAUUUUUCACGUGGUGAUCAAACGACAUUCUGGUGGAGUUUGGAGCCGAGGGUGUUUAGAUGAGUAGAAAAUUGAAUCUUGGAGUCUGCGACCGCCACACCUGAUCUUCCCACAAUUUUUGCCCCCUGAACCUGUGUGCUAACCAGCAGCACCUUCGAUUUUUCUGGAUUAAGCAAUAUUCUAUUUCGUGCCAAUGACACGUGCACCGCUUCUGUGUAAUCUUUAAGGUUAGUGAGGCUCUCCAUAUUUAACUUCACAGAAAAAAGGUAAUUAAUAAAUUAAUAAAAGCAAAACUUUUUAUUUUAUGGGACUGCAAAUAUGAUGAGCAGAACUAGUAGAGAAUAGUCAGGUGCCGAUAGAGCCAGGUGAGAAUAUAGCCAGGUGAGGAUAGAGCCAGGUGAGGGCAUCUGAACUGGACUCUCUGCCUGUGAUUUGCUUUACAUCUGUGUGUAUGUGAUGAGUGUUGUGUGCGGUAUGUAUCUGGCGAGAGUGUGGAGUGUUGGCAUGGUGUGUGUGUGGUGAGGUGUACGAUCAGAUUUUGACAGGUCUUGCCGGCUGGGGUCAUGAGGCACUGUGAUAUGGAGCAUGGAGUCCUCCAUGACUCUCGAGUGAGCAGCAAGCGGAGCCACGUCCGCCAGUACUUCCCCGUGGCGAUACAAUCUCGGAGGCGUCUGCGCCAGGACGGUGGCAAAAACCAUGUGAACAAUCGCGGCGCGAGCCCCAGCCUAAUAAUACAGCGCGGGGAAAUGGCGGCCUUCUUCCGGCUGUUUGACGAUGAUCUGAUACAGGACUUUUUAUGGAUGGACAGUUGCUUUAGACUAUCGGACAAGUACCUGCUCGCCAUGGUGUUCUCCUACUUCAAGAGGGCUGGCUUCAAGACUUCUGAAUACAGUCGCACAAAUUUCUUCUUGGCUCUGUAUCUGGCCAAUGACAUGGAAGAGGAUGAGGAGGAGUUCAAGUAUGACAUCUUCCCCUGGGCACUGGGCCACGGCUGGAGAAAGUCUUUCCCAGAAUUCCUCAAGUGGCGCGAGGAGCUUUGGGCACGCAUGGACUAUCGUGCUGCCGUAAGCUGGCGCUGCUGCAAAGAGGUCAUGGCAAUUGCGCCGAACCACAACAUCUGGCAGCGUGAGCGCUUGGCCCAUCACAGCGGAGCCGAGCGCAGCUGGCGCAGGGCAGAUGGGCAGCCAGUGGCAAUGCUGGGCCCCCAGCCACCUCCCGGAUUGGAACGGCGCUGCGUGCUCUGCACCAAGAAGCUGAGCGUGGUGCACCUGGACGCGUCGUCUUCCUCUUCUUCCUCGUCAGCAUCCCCUUCUUCCUCGUCAGCAUCCCCUUCUUCCUCUUCAGCAUCCCCCUGCACCUUGAACCUGCUGGAUCUCUUCACCACAGAGCACGGCGAGGGUGGCGUCUGCCCCACUCGGCCGCCGCACGGCCGCCGCACGGCCACAGGAGUAGAGCGAUACUCGGCAAAGGACAACACACAACCUCCGUGGGUGUUGGAAUGUGGGACAAAGCGGCGACGUGGUAUCCUGGACAAGGAGGGCGCCUGCGGUGCAAUGCCAGUCGCAGAGCCAUGUGCGUGGUAUUUAUAAAAUGGACUCUGCUGGACUAUGGUGGAAGCAACAGAAAAAACAACAACACUGUGGUGUGGAGUGUUGUGAAGUACAAGAGCCUGAGCGAAGAACGACUUGCACAUUUCUAGAAUUGUCGCAAACCAACACUUGUCAUAACUCCAAAUCUCUAAGGGAAAUUAGGAGGGGUGGGUCAGGACCACUUGGAAAUCGAUUGUCAACUGAUAACCAACAGUCAAUUAACAUAAUGACUAUUAAUUACACUAAUAUAAAAUACAUUGAUAACAACAAUAAACAAAUAUAAUCAACAUUGA